AUGGAUGAGAUUCAGAACGUUUCCACCCAGCCUGGUGAUGAAAACCAGUCCGGCAUAGCUGCCCAAGAUGUUGGGGAUGCUAGCCAGGCCUCAGCGUCGCAACCUCCCCAAGACUCUCCUAUCAAAAACGCCGAUGAGGGCUCGGAUAACCCACUAGAUGCUCCUGCAUCCCCACGGCCCCAGGAUAACGAUGCAGAGCCCGAAGACGAAGAGAUGGGCGGCCUCGAAAGCGACACCAAGAAGGAGAAUGGCGCCGACGAGACCGCAGAUGGCCAAGGCGAAGGUGUUAGCGAGGAGCAAUCGGCGCAGGACAAGGCCGCGCUUGAAGCUUCCGCGCGCGACCAUCUUGUUUCGCAGACGCAUUCGAUUAUCUUACCAAGCUACUCAAGUUGGUUCGAUAUGCACCAGAUUCACCCUAUUGAGAAGAAAGCCAUGGGCGAGUUCUUCAACGGGCGCAACCGCAGCAAGACUCCAGCGGUCUACAAGGACUAUAGAGAUUUCAUGAUUAACACUUAUCGCUUGAAUCCUAUAGAAUACUUGACUGUGACUGCUUGCCGUCGAAAUCUUGCCGGUGAUGUUUGCGCUAUCAUGCGAGUCCAUUCUUUUCUCGAGCAAUGGGGCUUGAUCAACUACCAGGUUGACCCACAAACUCGCCCUUCAAACAUCGGUCCCCCAUUUACAGGGCAUUUCCGUGCUGUCGCAGAUACGCCACGAGGAUUACACCCUUUCCAGCCCGGGCCCAACCAUGUAGUGACCCCGGGCAAGCCUUUGGCUGCCACUGAUCGCGCUGCGUCCGCCACCCCUGCAAAGGCAGAUCUUAACCUCGAGAUUCGGCGCAACAUCUACGACGACAAAGGCAAAGAGAUCACACCGGUCGAAGACAAGGAAAAACAGACCAAUGGCGAUACUCCCGCUCCGAAUGGCACAUCCUCCGAAUCUGCUACCAAAGCGAUGGAGAGCGCCGCCCGAGAACCCCGCAAGGUUUUCAAUUGCUGGUCCUGUGGUAUCGAUUGUACCCGCCUGCGCUUCCAUUAUGCCAAAUCCACUCCGGUAUCCACAAACUCCAAUGCCCCCGGUAACAAGUACGAUGUUUGCCCCAGCUGUUUCUUGCAGGGUAGACUUCCUUCUAGCCACAACGCAGCAGACUUUGUUAGAUUAGAGGAGAAAGAAUACACCAACAUUCCAGACAAGGACGCACCUUGGUCUGAUGCGGAACUUGUAUUGCUUCUCGAAGGAAUUGAGAACUUCGAUGACGACUGGCACCAGAUUGCAGAACACGUGGGAACUAGGACAAGAGAAGAAUGUGUGAUGAAAUUCCUUCAAUUAGAGAUUGAGGACAAGUAUGUCGAGGAUAUUGAUGGACCCAACGAUGGAACGAUUCGCGCACUGCAAGGACGGGACCCAAUUAGCCAACUUGACAACCCAGUUCUGUCAGUGGUUGCUUUCCUCGCUCAAAUGGCCGAGCCAUCGGUCGCCGCUGCCGCCGCAGGCCGAUCUGUCGAGCAAAUCCGAAAAGAACUCAGAAGCCAGCUGAACAAGGAAGCGCCUGAAGCCGAAAAGGGCAAAGAUAAGGGCGUUGAAGGCCUCAAGACCGAGGACUCGAUGGACGUGGACAUCGUUCGUCAAGUGGAGUCAACAGGCGAGAAGCGCGAAUCUCUCUCUACAGUCGCUCUCGCAGCUUCGGCCGCCCGUGCUGGUGCCCUUGCUUCCCAUGAAGAACGCGAAAUGACACGCCUUGUAUCUGCUGCAGUCAAUGUUACACUUCAGAAAUUCGAGAUCAAGCUGGAGCAGUUCAACGAAAUGGAAGAAAUCAUCGAGGCCGAGAGGCGAGAACUUGAGCAAGCCCGGCAACAGCUUUUCCUUGACCGAAUGGCUUUCAAGAAGAGGGUUAAGGAGGUCCAGGAUGCGCUGCAAGCAACCAGUUUGCAAGCCCCCGGCGACGAGACCAACCAAGCCAUCAAUGAUGCUGCUUCUGCCGGAAUAGGUGUUCGUUAUCAAUUCAACCAUCCCCAGGCAGAUAUGAGGAACGGCGUUCAGCCAUUGAGUGCUCAUCCUGGCGCAGAUUACAAGAGUCUCGAUCUUUAA